AUGCGGACACCGGAGGAUGAACUUGAGAUCUACGAGUUGCCAAUCAUUCCUGCGGGUAAUUUUACUACUGCACCUCCUGGGGCGGAUAGUACUACUUCGAACUUUCUUGAGGAUACCAAGAAACAGCGUCGCAUGGAGCUCAUGAGUUUUUGUGCGCUUCUGUGGGCAAUUUUUAUGGAAGGGUGGAACGACGGGUCUAAUGGCCCGAUGCUUCCUGCUAUGCAGAGUCACUACCAUAUUGGUUAUACUGUCGUCUCAACGAUCUUCGUGUUGAACUGUGUCGGAUUUGUCUCUGGUGCAGUCGCGAACAUCAAGUUGGUCCAAAAGAUCGGGUUUGGAGCUACACUAGCCAUCGGGGCUAGCUGUCAAGCAGUGGCUUACGCCAUUCAAGCACCCGCCCCACCGUUCCCUCUCUUUGCCAUUGCCUACAUUUUCUCGGGCUUUGGGAUUUCCUUGCAGAAUGCUGGUGCCAUCGUGUUCGUAAUCAAUCUAAAGAAUAGUUCGGCCAAGAUGGGAGUCUUGCAGGCGAUUUAUGGAUUAGGAGCGCUUGUUUCUCCUUUAGUAGCAACAAAGUUCUCUUCUAUGCCGCACUGGUCAUAUCAUUACUUUGUAUCAUUGAGCGGAGCCAUCGUCAACAUUGUUGUAUUAUGCCUUGUAUUCCGCUUCCAACAUAUGGACACGAUCCUUCGCAAGUCAGGCCAGGUCGUCCGCGACUCCACCAGCUCACCAAAGGGAGGAUUAUAUGGCCAAAUUUUCAAAUUGAAAGUGGUCCAUCUUCUCGCGUUCUUUGCUCUCGUCUAUGUAGGAGCGGAAGUCACUCUUGGCGGGUGGAUUGUUACCUUUGUCAUGGACAAGCGUCAUGGAGGUACUUCUUCUGGAUACCUGUCGUCUGGAUUUUUCGCUGGUUUGUCCGUUGGACGUCUGGCCCUUCUCUGGUUCAACAAACUGAUAGGUGAACGGCGUGUAAUUUACGUCUACGUCUCCCUCUGCAUUGCACUCGAAAUAACAAUUUGGUGCGUCCCAUCGCUCAUCGGGAAUGCGAUCGCCGUAGCCUUCAUUGGCUUCCUACUCGGACCAAUCUACCCUAUUAUUACGAACGUCGCUGGCCGACUUGUCCCGCAUUGGUUGCUCAACGGUGCGGUAGGUUGGAUAGGUGGUUUUGGACAGAUGGGAUCCGCGUUGCUCCCGUUCAUUACUGGUGCACUGUCAUCAAGGUUUGGUGUUAUGAGCUUGCAACCACUGAUUGUAACAGCAAUGAGUGCGAUGAUGGUACUUUGGGCGGCAGUCCCACCCGAUGUCCGUCGUUCGGAGUAA